AUGUCGCCGCGACCAGUCUCACCUCUCGAAGACGACCGCUCAGCAAAACGUUCCAAGAUCAAGACAUCACCACCACCACCACUACCCACGGUCAUGAUCCCGGAAAAGGUUGCAGAGAUCGUACCCGAUGGAGACACUAUCCUUGUGCUCAGUGUCAGAUCUGACGCUGCAGCGACGUCGAUCGGACUUCGCGUGUCGUCACAUGCUUUGAGUCUCGCCUCUUCCGUCUUCAAGGGAGAAUUCGCAAAGCUUGAAGCAUCCCGGAGCCAAUCGCAGGAGGAAACAGACAUCCCAGAUCUUGUACUCACGCUACCAUGCGACGACAUGCCCGCCAUGCUCCUGCUCUGCAACAUCCUUCAACUCCAAAACGACAAGCUUCCAGCGCGCAUCCUCCCGUCGUUACUGCUACGCCUGGGUGCACUGGCUGGGAAGUACGAAUGCGUGAUGGCAGCCGGACGUGCAACCAGUCAGUGGUUCGACAGCCUGUACUCCGCCGAAGAGCCUGGGAACAUCUGGGACAUUGUCGAAGCGGCGUACCUGUGGGAUGAAGCCAUCUUCUUCGCACGCUUCACGUCGAUUUGGGUGCGUCGUCAGUCUCUGACGUCAAAAUCUAUGGCGCCAGCGACCACACUUGAGACACAGAAGCUUGCUUGGGUGUUGGCUGAGCGAUUGAGUGUGGUGCAGGUGCUCAUCCGCAAAGAAAUAGACAAGCUCGUCGAGACUUGCGCUCUCACUUUCUCGGAGGAUGCAACACACUACAUCGACUACGCCCCAGGACUCUCACCAACUGCAUCCGAAACCAAAAGCGGUCGGCCGCCCACACCAUGUAUCGUCGACAGCGAAGGUGCCAAAGAGUAUCUUGGUGCUUUGAGGAACGCUCGGAUAUGGCCAUCGACGUGCUGGACCAAAUCAAAGGAGGGACAAGCCAUCGACACCAAGGUAGGGGAGUUGAUGGAGAAGAUCAAGCUGUUCAAGGAGCCACCGUACGAUGAUACUAAUCGCUGUGACGGCUGCGCAUACGUCAAGAUACAAUUCACAGAGGAGCCUGAGCAUGUCCAGCAAGCGUAUGGCAAGCGAUUGUGGGGCCUGUGCCUGGACUGCUACAAGGCUGGAGGAAUCAACCCUGGCGAGUGCAGGUACCAGCAUUCGAAGUGA